UUUUUUUUAAUAGUGUUGUCUUGAAAGAGAAUGGCUUCAACACCUUGUGCAGCAUGCAAGCUCUUGAGGCGUAAAUGCACUCAAGAAUGUGUGUUUGCGCCGUAUUUUCCACCAACAAAUCCUCAAAAGUUUAUCUUUGUUCACCGAGUCUUUGGAGCAAGCAAUGUAACCAAGAUCCUUAACGAUCUCCCACCUGAUCAACGCGAAGACACUGUUAAUUCCCUCUUCUAUGAAGCCGAGGCGCGUAUCCGUGACCCAAUCUAUGGAUGUGUUGGUCUCAUCUCUUUUUUACAACAAUACCUCAAGAAAAUCCAACAAGAUCUUGUCGCUGCUAAAGAAGAGCUUGCCGGUUACAUGGGACCCGAUGCUGUGAUUCCGCCGCCUUAUCUUCCUGCUCUUGGUAACAAUCCUCCACCAAAUUUCAUGAUGUCUAUGGAAGGAAUGCCACCUGGAGUGAUCCCUCAAGGAGAACCGUUGAUGAUACGUGAACCAAACAUGUCUCAACAACAUCAUCAACAUCAACCACAAGACGAGCAGUUGCAAUUCAUAGCUUCUGAUGCACAGAGAAUGGCUGCAAUGAUGUUAGAUAGAGGAGAUCAACAAGGGAUGUUCAAUGGUUACGGAAUAGACAACAAUGGUUCGGUUACGGCCACGGGUUUUAACCAAAUGGAUGUGAAUGAUCACGGUGCUAGUGGGUCGUUGUCUGGACCAUCUCUUGCUUUAGGAAGCUUUGGUGAUGCUUUUCAAAUGGGUCAAGAGACAGAACAUGGUCAUAUCAACCAUGAUCAGCUUCAGACACAGCUUAUGCUUCAGCCUCCAUUACAAGAAGGUCAAGAGCAAACAGAGGAUGGGCAGUUUCUAGUGCAACCAAUGGGACAAGAGAAUAUCCAUGAAGAAGAGGAGGAAGAGCUUGAGCCACCGGUUAAAUGGAGGAAGUCUGAGAGCAAGGAAGCUAGUUAUUAAGACCUAAAUGCAAUAAGAAGACAACAUACAUUUUCGUUUUCUUGGAUAGUUUACGUACUUACUCUUGAGGAUCUAAUUUCUUUUUUAAUCAAAUGGCAUUAUUCAU